AUGCUUUGUAUCUCCCACGAGUUCUUCUGCGGGUUUGGAUGUUCCAGACGUUUCGUCAUCCGAACCCAGUUCGUGAUCUUCACCGUGUUUUUCCACUCGUUUAGCUUCCUCCUGUCUUUUAUAGUUUUGUGUUUCACAUACCUCAAAGUCCUCAAAGUGGCAAGGUUUCACUGUAAGAGGAUCGACGUUAUAACAAUGCAAACUUUGGUGCUGCUGGUGGAUAUACACCCCAGUGUUCGUCAGCGUUGCCUGGAAGAGCAAAAGAGACGGCGGCAGAGAGCAACAAGGAAGAUUAGCACCUUCAUCGGCACCUUCAUGCUCUGCUUUGCUCCCUAUGUGAUCACCAGGAUCGUGGAGUUAUUUCCAGCAGUGCCUAUCAACCCUCACUGGGGAAUUGUCUCCAAGUGCUUAGCUUACAGCAAAGCAGCUUGCGACCCUUUUGUGUACUCCCUUCUGCGACACCAAUACAAGAAGACGUGCACAGACAUCAUCAAUCGGCUGCUGAAGCGCAGCUCCUUGGAUGCAUCCGGACGAGGGCCUGACUAUCAGGUCAACAUCAUUCCGACAGCUGAGUGA